CUCUUUACAAAUAUUAUGAAAAAUCUGGUAAAACUAGAUUAAAAGCAACUUUAUUAGAUCCAAGAUUAAAAGGAAUGUAUUUUGAAUAUUUGGAUAAAUAUUGUCAAAAUGCUAUAGAUGUUUUACGUCAAAAAUAUGAAGAGUUAAAAAAUAUAUUUGAUUCAGAAUCACAUGAUAAAGAUCAUAUGAUUUUAAACAAGUUGAUGAAUUAA